AUUUUUUCGAGGUCCUAAAAUGCCUCAUGGUCCGCCUUGAACAUGACUCGGGGAGUUUUUGCAUUGAUUUAUUGAUUAAGGACAACGCAGCCCUUGUCGAGAUGCAACCAUACCAUUCUUGGAGUUCGAUUCGUGUAUAGAGUCGGCUACACAAUAUUACAGCCUGCAUAAAUGGGCUGUCCUGUGCAUUCAUGAGGAGAACAGAUCGGCCCGACAGAAAUUAAUACGUUGCGUGUGUCACACACCACACAUGAUAGUUAUCGUCUAUGUGCUUCGUCGGCUUCGUAGGCUACGGCCUUGUCUAAGAUACACAUUGUUAUAUCCGCCCAGGAGUCUUGUAUAAGUAAUGUAUUGAAUACCGUGAUGUGAUAUUACGAAAAUCCAACAACAUUGCUCUGCCUACAGUCACUGCUUCUUCUAUCACGAAUUCUAUCCUCAAACGUUAGCCUCUUUGUUUCUGAGCCCACAACUGCCUUAUACAAUGGCAGAAAAGUGUGAGAAACCCGAAACGUCUCCGAAACCCGAGAUACAGUGGGUUUACCAGAGACGAAGCGGCACGAAGUCGAAGAUUGGCUUGGAGUCAAACGUUGACGACGGUGCCGCCUUUGCCCUACGGGUCGUCUUUGAAUUCGGCGAUAAGGCUCUACCGGAAAUCACCCGUCUUACGGUUAACUCGCCUCACCUGCUGAAAAUCCUCAAAUCCGUCGUCAAAAAUCAUCCAUACGCCUCAACCGACUUUGAGUCUCCAUUCGAGAUCGAAAAACCUUACCAAAUCCUUUACCAUUAUUGGGACAACCUUCACGCUGCGUACGAACUGGAUGAUACCACAGAUGAAGAGAGAGUGCACCUUAAGCUCUUGCUCAAGUUUAUGCAGCAGGAGAUGGGUCAAGACAAGGAAAGGGCAAAAUCGAUGGUCAAUUCAGGACGAAUCACCUUUGCAAUGCUGUGGACAAUAUUCCGCCCUGGAGACCUCAUGUACAUUCGGGACCAUGCUGGCCCACGGCUUCUCCGGCUGGUGAGGACGGCAUACGACGAAAACGUUCCUCAAGGGAAGUAUAUGGACGUCUUUUGCUGGUAUAAUGACUACGAUGGUAACUGCUUUGGACUGGCCCAGGAGCGGGUCAGAAUCAUUCAAAAAAAAGUAUUUCCCGGGGAACAGUCGGCUCCCGUGAAAUCCUUGCCUGUGUUUCCACGAUCCUUCAGUACUGAGGGACCGAGUCUAGAGGAUGAGCUGGCGGAGAGGGGGCACCGCUUCUGUACUGCCCAACGUGAGCAUGUGCAGUUCUACAGCGGGCUGGCGUGGCAUGUCAAGGAAAUACCGCUAGAUUGGUUCCAUCCAGAAUAUAAUAACGAGCCGGCUGUUUGGGAACCGUAUAUGGAAACCGGCCGUGUCAUACUUGAUAAAAAAACCUUUCUCGAGGAUAACAAUGCGGAUUGGGUAUCUGUGAGCCCCCAGGAUAUGGAUGAUGCGUCCCAGCGCAUGCUUCUCCCACCAUAUACCCACGGUUACUCCCUUGCCCGGAAGGAAUGGUGCAAAUUCUCCAUUAACUGUCUCUCGGUACCGGAGUGGGAUACCUCCGCUUUAGACAGGGUUAUCAUCGACGAACAUCGCAGGGAUGUACUAAGAUCUUUAGUUCUUGCGCAUGAGUUUCCGCAAGGUGCUGUAGACCUAUUCGCACAGAAAGGCAAAGGCUUGGUAGUCCUCCUCUAUGGGAGCCCGGGAAGCGGAAAGACUGUGACCGCCGAGUCGGUGGCCGAGGUAGCAAGGAAGCCUCUGAUACGUGCGACUAUGCCAGAGUUGAACAAGCAUGACCGACAAUAUUACUUUGAAGUUGCCUUACAGAGAUUGCUCAAGCACGCGACCAAAUGGCAGGCGGUGGUUCUCCUGGACGAAGCUGACGUCGUCCUGGAAGGACGGUCGGACAGCCCGGGAAAAACAUCUACGCACAACGCCCUCGUCGCGGUGCUCCUCAAGCACCUUGAGUACUUCGCAGGGAUCGUCGUUUUGACAUCGAACCUAGUGCGGGUCUUCGACACGGCCAUGAAGUCGCGCAUUCACUUGGCGCUCGAGUACCACCCACCUGACGUCGACAUGAUGCACCAGAUCUGGAAGACCGCUGUGUCCGCGAUUCCCGAGUCGGAGAGAGAGCUUGACUUAGACGUGGACCUGCAGGAAUUCCUCGCGUCUGAGCUUAACGGCCGCGAGAUCGCCAACUGUAUCCACACGUCGAGGACGCUGGCGCGGCACGAGAAGACGAAGCUGCGCAAGGAACAUAUCGUCAAGAUAUGGAAGACGAUAGAGAUGUUCUCGGCGAGCCUUCGCGAUAUGAAAGCUGGUCCGAGAGCAGGGGAAUUCGCUCGUAUCUCGGGGAACACAUUUGCGACGGGCGAUGCUGAGUGACAACUUGGUCACAUCGGGAGGCUAUAAAGGCAGCAGUAUCUGUAUACGACCAGGUAUGCUUGCCAAAAUCAAUCCUUCUCGUAGGUGGAAAGAUACCGGACGUUCUCUCGUUGUCGUCCAUACUAUUUUGACCGGUGGGAUUCUCGAGUAUGGUAAAAAACAAACAAACAAGAGCAAUAUUUAAUAGUCAGAUAGAAAGUUGAUUGAAAUGAAGACUGCAAUUAAGCUCUGAAGUUGUUGGAGUUGCCAAGGCUGGUGGUAUGGGACAUGGAACUAAUUAACGCCAUGAAACUGAAGUUACAGAAGUUGUCCUAAAGGAAAAGACCCGUUCCGGCGAUUUCUGCUGUGGAAAGGAGGUACAGGCCAACCGAUGUAAGCCUUAGUGUGGACGUGUAUUCAUUGUGAAGGUGGUUGUUAUCGUAAGACUCGGGGGUCCGCUAGGAGCACUUUAUCCCGGGAGCAAAGUGAAUGACUUAUUCGGAGGGUUCUCUUCAAUUGUAUUGGAAACGCUAUCAUGAGGGGGAAUGAAAUCCCCAUCGCUGGUGUUGAUGGUUUUGGUGAAGCAGACGGGCCUCAUGGGCUCUUCAGGCAAAUUUAUUACCUAGGCCCGCUAUGAUUCCGGAUACGGUUCCGGACGCUGGGGGAG